AUGCAUUUGGAUCAUAAAAUGUCCAAACAAUGCAGCCCACAAGAUGUCUUGGAAGAAGUCAAAGGGAAAAUAAAAAUCAUACAAAACAAGUUGGGCAUUAUUGAGAAGCUAGCAGCUCUUUUGGGAGUUCUCAUUUAUUCUGCCAAUGCUGGCAGCACCACUUGUGGCUGCUCUCCCGGUCAUCGGGGCAAUCCAGGCCCUCCAGGCAUUCAUGGCAUUAAAGGAGAACGUGGUGACAUAGGUGAUACAGGUCCUCCCGGCGUAGAAGGAGUCCAUGGUCCUGAGGGUCCCAGAGGUCCACUAGGCGAUAGGGGAGCACCUGGCGAAGAUGCGCCAUAUUGGUCUUAUUUGCCAGGAUAUCCAGGUCCUCCAGGACCACCAGGUCGCUGCAGAUGCCCCAACAAUAAUUGGCCAUUCAGACCCAGCAGCAGCGGCAGCAGCAGCAAUAACAACAACAACAAUUAUGAUUUUCAACAAGCUUAUCCUUAUAAGCCAGGAAGUUAUUAUGUUAGCGAUAACCGAGGACAGCUAAGUUAUUUGGAAAUACAAAUCCGCAACAAUUGCUGCAGCAGAGGACCACACCAACCAGCACAACAACAACCAGUACCACAACGACAACACCACCACCGCCGCCCUCAUCAACGGAAACCUUAGUGGAAUAUUCUCAACGGAGCCCCCCCA